AUGGUGAUGGAGAUCGGACUAUCGCCGGUUCGUGAAUUAUCAGAGGCGGAGCAGCGCCAAGAAUCCCUAGCUGACGUCUACGAUCAAUUAGGUGAGAUGCGUAAAUCGGAGACCAAAUUCGAAUCUCGAAUCGAAUCAAAGAUGGAAUCUUUGGGCAACGAAAUGCGAUCGCAAGACCAGAAGUUGGAAGAAUUGACGAGGAAAUUAGAUUUGGUGCUCAACUCGUUACCAGGAAUCGCAACAACUCGUGAGGUGGGAAGUACGAGUCAAUCGAUGCAUUUACAAACACAAGAUCUUCGCAAUCAGGUACGUUCCUUGAACUCGGAACCAUGCCUUAGCAACAUUAGGCCAGGACUUAGAGAAAACUUGAUCAAGAAUGUGGAAAUGCCAAUCUUUGAUGGAGCUGGCGUUUACGGUUGGGUUGCUCGGGUGGAGAGAUUUUUUCGAAUUGGUGGAUACAACGAUGAGGAGAAGCUGGCAUUGAUAUCAGUGAGUUUGAGUGGAGAAGCGUUGAGUUGGUACAACUGGGUUGUGAACACACGACAAUUUGAGAGCUGGUCACAGUUUAAGUCAAGCUUGAUGUUGAGAUUUGGCAAUCUUAAGUUGCGUGGACCAAGCCAGAGCUUAUUUUGCAUCAAGCAAACGGGAACUAUAGCAGAUUAUAUUCAAAGAUUUGAAGACCUCUCGUCACAAGUAACAGGAUUGGAUGAACAGAAGCUUGAAGGAAUUUUUCUCAAUGGUUUAUCCCAAGAAAUGCAAGAACUGGUGCAUAUGCAGAAACCUCGAAACUUACCUGAAAUGGUAGCUGAAGCAAGAGCCAUGGAAUCCAGUAUCAUGCAAAGUGUGGUGAAGAAAGAGCUGAUGUUAGCAAAUAAGGAGAAUCGAGAGACAUUCUGUUCUGACGUUAAGAGUAACACUCAUUACAAUCCUAAUGGCUGGAAGAUGAAGACCGUAGCCACAGAGACAAUUCAAAAUAUUGAGAAACCAGCAAAUAGAACAGAACAGAGACCAAGAAGACACAACACAAAUGCUGAGUUAGAUGAGAAGAGAAGAAAAGGGAUCUGUUUUAAGUGUGAUGGUCCUUGGUCAAGAGAGCACAAAUGCCCUAACAAGGAAUUAAGAAUAAUGACUAUAUUCAAUGGUUAUGAAGUAGAGGUGUUGGAUGGUAACAAUGAAUUGGAGUUAGUGGAGGAACCCGUUGGUGAAUGCAUGUCCCUAUCGUUCUCAUCUUUCAGAGGGAUAUCUGGCCCUUCAACAACUAAAGUAAGUGGAUCGUUGGGCAAAGAAAGUAUAGUCAUAAUGCUAGACAGUGGGGCAACUCACAAUUUCAUAUCACCACUUGCAGUGAAGAAGCUGAGACUUAGAUGCAGAGAAGACUCAAAUUUAAAUGUCAAAUUGGGUAAUGGCAUGAUGGUGGAUGGGUUGGGAGUGUGUGAAAAAGUGACAUUCUCUGCCCAGAAUCUGGAAUUCACAACUGAUUUCAUAGUUCUUGAACUGGGUCAGAUAGAUGUGAUUCUUGGAGUCUAUUGGUUGAGAACCUUAGGAGAUUGCAGAGUGAAUUGGGAGAAGAAUGAAAUGUCCUUCUUAUACAAAGGGAAGAUGGUGUCUUUAAAAGGAGAAUCUGACUUGUUAAUCUCCAAAAUGUCAUUGAAAUCAUUAUCUACUGGUUUGGAAGCUAAAUCGAAGGGUGUAGCACUUGAUCUAUGCAACCAACAAGAUAUACAACCAGUAUUGGAACCUAUAGAGAAGGGUAUUCAAGCAGUGUUAGCAGAGUUUGAUGGUGUGUUUGAGGUUCCCACUUCCCUACCACCGUUGAGAGGAAGAGAACACUCGAUCAUUUUGGCUCCUGGGACUACAGCGGUUAGUGUUCGACCAUAUAGAUACCCACAUGCCCAGAAAGAAGUGAUCCACUUACUUUAG